UCUCAGCUCAGCUGAUCUGCAGGGGUGGUGACCUGGUGUCCGCCAGAGAUCGCUGCAGCUCCACAGUGCACAGCCGCUAUUAGCAUGUAGCCGCUAACACAUCCAACCCGGCCGCCAUGAAAACACGGAGACUUUAAACGGAGCCGCAGAGGAGUCAUGUCGCUCCGGGAGGUGGCGGCGGGAUGUAAACUGUUUACUGCGCUGCUUCUGAUUCUGGGUCCCCCUGCUAAAGACAGACACACUGGCUUUGCUCAUGCGCUGGAGCAGCAGGAGCACGCUGCACGCGGAGCUGCUGAAGUCGAGGAGCUGGUCUUUGUGAUCCAGAGCCAGAGGAACUCCUACCACGCCCGUCGAGGGGUCCAGAGGAGGGCGGAGAUUCUGCAGCAGGCGGCUGAACUCGGGCAGGUGGUUCCGGUUGUUGUUCUCCUUCAUGAGCUGUCGGAGUAUGCAGGGGAUUGGAGUAUCCUCCCUGCGCUUCCCCAUCUCUCUGCCACACACGGCCAAUCAGCUUCCUGGUUUUUCUUCAUAGAGGAGGAAACCAGAGUCUCACUGGCUGCUCUGCUGCAGGUGCUCCACAGGUAUCAAGUCCACGAGGAAUGGUUUCUGGGUAAACGGCUCCAUGACAGCGAGGCUUCCAUCAUCCACCAUUAUGCUUUUUCUGAAGACCCCAGUUCCUUUGGUUACCCUGACCCUGCAGCAGGCUGGGCUCUCAGCACCCCCCUGCUCCACAGACUCACAGAGCGGAUCCAACACGGGAAUCUGAAGUCAGACUUUACCAUUGACUUGAAGCAUGAGAUUGCUUUGUUUAUUUGGGACGAAGGAAAAGGUCCAAAGCUGACAGCAGUUCCAGAGUUUUGCACAGAGCCGAGAGACAACUGCGCUACCACAUUUACAACUUACCUGCCUAACUGUGGAAAUUCGGUCUCGAAGGAUGACGUAUUUGUUGCUGUGAAAACUUGCCGGAAAUUCCACAGGGAGCGAGUGCCAGUGGUGAAAGCAACAUGGGAGAGUGACGCUGGGUUUCUGGAGUAUUACAGCGACGUCACUGACGCCUCGAUACCCACCAUCAGCCUGGGAGUGCCCAACACUGAGAGAGGACACUGUGGGAAGACAUUUGCCAUCUUGAGGCGGUUCCUUAGAGACACUGGACCAAAGGCUGACUGGCUUCUCAUUGUUGAUGACGAUACACUCAUCAGUUUACCCAGGUUGCGGCGACUGCUGCGCUGCUAUGAUCCAAAGGAAGCGGUGAGCCUCGGGGAGAGGUACGGCUACAGCCUGAUUAACCACGGAUACAGCUACACCACGGGAGGAGGAGGGAUGGUGCUUAGUAGGCCUGCAGUCUCCAGGCUCGUCUCCAGUGGUUGUAGAUGCUACACUGACGAUGCUCCUGACGACAUGGUGCUGGGCCGGUGCUUCACUUCCCUCGGUGUCCCCAUCACACACAGUCCACUGUUCCACCAGGCCCGACCGGAUGACUACAACCACACGCUGAUGUCCUUGCAGCAGGCCAUCUCCUUCCACAAGCACUGGAACGUAGACCCCGUGGCCGUCUACAGACACUGGCUGGAGGAAACACCCCCACGAGAUGAACUGUAGAAACAUGGCACAGUAACAAACUGUAGAAACCUACGUUGCACUGUAGCGUAAAGUUAACGAUGUGCAAAGUUAAUCAAUAUUUUUGAUAUCAUUAUUAGAUCUAAUGUCUGUGCGUCAGGUGGAAUGGGUGGCACAACGUUACAGCCCGGGUGUGUCUCUCCAGAGGUUGAGCUCAUCAUCUUGGACAAAUAAACUGCACAUUCAAAUGACGUCUGAAUAUCUUAACCCUGAAAUUAGUUUUGCAAAAAAGACUUGAAAUGCAGCAACAUGUGUGUAUGAGGCUUUAGAUAUUUAAUUUAUUGAAGAGUGAUUAUUUCCAUGUGUUAUUUUUGUGUUUGACAAGCAUUGUUUUGACUUGAAAACCAGAUCUUUACAUUUUUCCGGAUUGUAUUUCUGUUUGUUUUGUAUCUGUGAAGAAAAGAGUUUACCAAGUCGAUAAUAACCCCGUGAGUGAUUCUCUGAAGGAGGAUUUUUCAAUAGAAUUUAUUUUUUUAUAUAUGUGUGAGGCUGUCUGUCUGUGUGUGUGUG